CACGUGGAUGAGCGGCAGGAAGUGACUGUUGUGUUUCUGGACGCGAAAAGAAAGUAGAGAACGGAUUUACGAUGAGUUCCAUAAUCCCGGAGACACAGAGCAUUAAAGCGGCUGUGAUUCACAUCAACUCCAUCGACAGCAGCAAGUUUUCUAGACUCCUGUCUCGGAUUCUGCAGAAGCUCCACCUGAAGGAGCGCUCCUUCAGUGAGGAAGAGGAGGAGAAGCUGAUGAUCGCUCUCUCUCUGGAGAAACACACUCUUCAGCUGCUGCUGGAAGCCGUGUCCUUCAUCCUCGAGCAGGCCGUGUAUCACAGUGUUAAACCCCUGGCACUCAGACAGCAUCUGGAGAACAUCAGCCUGGCGCCGGAGAAAGCAGAAGUCUUCAGUCAGGUCUGGGCUUCAGCUGGGCCAGAAGUGCUGGAGAAGAUCCGACACGGGAUAUUUGCCCCGGAGAAGCUGGAUCAGGUGUCGUGGCAGCUCAGUCUUCUCAUGGCCCGAUCGGAUCAGAGCCGGCUGAAAGAGCCUCAUGCCGUGAUCAAUCUGGGGCUCCGGGCGGAAGACGAGCGCGUCCGGGACGUGUGUGUGGAGUUCAGCCACCCGGAUCUGCUGGAGUUCUACACUCAGAUGGAGAGGAUUCAGACGCAGCUGGACUCGCUCACGUGAAGAGGAUCACACACACCUGAUGAUGAUGAUGAUGAUGUCAUUAAACAUGUUUCAUUUUG